AAUCAAUAUAAAGUCUCACAGGUGUUAAUCUUUCUUCAGAUAGCCGUGUCUAUUUAAGACAAUAUAUUUAUGUACAGGAUCUUUUCUUGUGAGGAGACAAUAGGAGCCAUGCCGCUGUUUUACUUUUUCUUGUUCUUGUUCUUUUCCACAGUUUCAGGGGAUAAUGGAGACACAGACAUCAUUGAUCUCUCCGGCCUCGUAAACUGCAACGAUUCAGCAUCCAUACUUAACCUGAAUCAGAAGUGUAUGGAUGUGUAUAAUGUGCCUCUCAAAAUGCCAAACGUAAGUGUGUUCAACAACCAGUCGAAAUCUGCAUCUGAAAUGAUUGAAAACAUCAUGAAGACCUUCGAUCCAACUUCAGCGUCUAAACUUUGCAGGGAUAUUGACAGCUAUGUGAAAGCGACAGUGUGUAGCAAUCGUGUCUCCAAAAAGUGUCUACCGCCUGCUCCCUUCCUGAAGGACAUGUUUCCAUCCGCAGACAAAAUACGAAAGACAGAGGAGUAUUCUUGCGCUAACUUGGACAAGGUCAACCAAACCUGUCUCAAGGACGUUUUGCCGAAAAUCGCUGACUGUGCCAACGUCACCGGCCUCAUCAGCAUCAGCGAUUCACUCAGCAUCAACACGACAGUUUUAAUGCAGGAAGUGUUCUGCGCAUCAUCACAGCUUAUGGUAACGUGCGGUCGACGAUUGAUGCCGGCCUGUGGUCCGAUCAGUCUGCAGAUGUUUGAAGCAUCGCUGCCAGACACAAGCAGUUGCACUCGGUCUACAGCCGCCACCAGUAUUGACAGAGUCCACGUGGACUGUUCCACCGAUCAAACCGUCAGAAAGGGAUACCUUCAAUGCUUAAUGAACAAUGGGAUCACGCUUAUUGUCCCGGAACAACCGACCAGUGAUGCCACAAGUCAGUAUAUCUUGAACGCUAUGACACUGGACCAAAACAAGAAUAUGUGCAGUAAUCUGAAGGCCUACCAGCAGGCAGUGAACUGUACUCUGCAGGUACAGAAGCAAUGCAGUGAUGACGUGAUGAAGCCCACGGUGGCCGACACCCAGACAGUACAAGACGGCUUGGCUAAACUCUGUGGUCAUAUCGGGGAUUUCGACACCAAGUGUGUUCAGAAGGCACCUAAAGCAGCUUGCGGCAGUAGACGCCGCUCUUUGGCUUCAAUUAUCCUGAGGCAUCUUUGCGAUGACACUCAUGUCAUCCAGAACUGUCUGGUGUCUGCGGUGAGCAGCUGCAGCAAGACGACCGGCAGCAUGUACAAGGACGUCCUACUUAGCCAAUCCCCGGCUAUGUGUCUAAAGCCUAAGCAGGGAUUAACAUCAAAUCUGAUUGGCUGAAGAUGACCCAGCUUAUAAAUAAACAUUGGCUUUUCACUUA